AGGAAACAAGAAAAAGGAAGAAAAAGAUUAGUCAAGGUCACACAAUUACAGGAGAGAGCCUCUCUCUCUCUCUCUCUCUCCCCGUCGUCCUGUAGACGACGAUUGGGAUACUACCGCGCACCAACCAGAUGGAUUCAGAUGAGGUUGCUGAACCAAUAGGGGAAUUGGUUUGUUAUGAAGGAGAUUCAAAUUUAGAACCCUAUGAAGGGAUGGGAUUUGAAUCUGAAGAUGCUGCGAAAGCAUUUUACGAUGAAUAUGCUAGGGGAAUUGGUUUUGUCAUGCGCGUGAUGUCGUGUCGUAGAUCCGAAGUUGAUGGAAGGAUCCUUGCACGUCGAUUUGGAUGCAAUAAGGAGGGACAUUGUGUUAGCAUAAGAGGAAAAUUGGGACCUGUUAGGAAACAACGGGCAAGUACAAGGGAAGGCUGUAAGGCUAUGAUUCUAGUGAAGUCUGAAAAAUCUGGAAAAUGGGUUGUCACCAAGUUUGUAAAGGAUCAUAAUCAUCCCUUAGUUGUUGCUCCACGUGAUGUUCGUCCUCUUAUGGACGAUAAGGAUCGGAAGAUUCAGGAGUUAACUGCUGAACUCCGGAUAAAGAAACGACUAUGUGCUUUAUAUAAGGAGCAACUAAACGCUUUCAUUGGAGAGGUGGAAGAGCACAAUACCCAACUGUCAAAGAGGGUUGAACUUGUCAUUGACAAUAUAAAAGAAUUUGGGGCUCUAGAGGAUGAGCUAUCGCGCAGAUAAUGAUAAUAUUCAAGCUUUACCUUGUACAUCAAUGGUGGCUGUCGACGAAUCAUCUUCUUCCCUGUCUAGAGGAAAAUACAGUACAAUUGCACUACACAUUAGUGUUCUUGAAACAUCUUCCAUACUCUUGGAUUAUCGCGCUCGAUUGAUUGAUUGAUACUACGGAAAAAGAAUUCUUAGCGAUGAAGCAGAUUCUCAAUUUCCAGACAAAGCAGGGAAGGGAGUUGUUUGUGUUUCAAUGAUAGUACCUUAGAUUAUUUCAUGUUAAGACUUGGUAUUCUACUUUAUACCUGUUUUAGUUAGCCUACAAUAAGAUGAUUUUGUUAAUAAUUUUAAUUUUAAAUUGUCUAUUAAUGAUUAAUACUGUUAUAAUUUUCUCAUUUUGAAUUCCAAA